CCCUUAUUGAACAAUAUGAGCAACAAUAUUCUGCUUUAAUUGGUGAAAUAACUGCAAAUAUUGGAAGAAUAAAUAUCUAUAAUACAAGUGGUGCAAGAAAAGAAUUAGGAACAAAAAUUGAUGCAAGUCUAGCUGAAGCAGAAGAAUUGGUAAAAAUUUUAUAGUUAUAUUUUUGUUUUUUUUUCUUGUAAAAAAAAAAAUUAAAUUUGUAAAACACCUGGCGAAAAUUCACGAUAAAAAAAUUUGAAGCAGAACCAUUUUGCAAAAAAAAAAGUUUUAUUUUGACACAAUUAAAUUUUUUUUUAUUGUAAGCUAAUCCGUCAAUUUUGCAUUUAAGCCACAACAUAAUAAAAUUGAAAAGAAUUGAAGGAUAUAAAAAAAGUUAAAUUCAUAUAUAUAUAUAUAAAUAUAUAUUGGGUUAAUUAUAUAUAUGUUAUGAAAUUAAAUUGAUCAAUAAGUUAAUCAAUUUAAUCGAGAAAGUAUAAUUUUAUAAAAAUUCGAAAUGGAACUGUUAUGUACCGAACAAGUAAGAUUAAACGAAGAAUUGGAUACAAAAAAGAACCAAAAUAACGGAUUAACACGUUAUGUUACACCAUCAAAAACAAAUUUAUUAUCAGCCGUAGUAGAUCCAACAUUUUUAACCGACCGGUGUCUAGAAAAUCUUUUAAAAAGCGAAGAAAAAUUUAUAGUUUCAUGUUCAUAUUUCAAAACAAGUCAUAUUACGCCAUUAAUGCGUAAAAUUGUCGCUGAAUGGAUGAUGGAGGUAUGUGAAGAAGAGAAAUGUCAAGAAGAAGUCGUAUUAUUAGCAUUAAAUUAUAUGGAUAGAUUUUUAAAUAUAACUCCAAUUAAAAAAACCCAUUUGCAAACUUUAGCUGCCGCAUGUCUAUUAUUAGCAUCAAAAUUAAGAGAACCAAGUUGUAGAAGUUUAACAGCUGAAUUAUUAGUAUUUUAUACAGAUAAUAGUGUACACAAACAAGAUUUAAUACAUUGGGAAUUAUAUGUUUUAAGUAGAUUAAAAUGGGAUUUAUCUACAGUAACACCAUUGGAUUUUUUAGAAUUAUUAUUAAUACGCUUACCAAUUAGAAAUAAAAAAUGUCCAGAUAUUAGCACUGAUAAAAUACGUUUGCAUGCACAAGCUUUUAUAUCAUUAGCAGCAAAAGAACAUUAUUUUUCUGUUUAUUCACCAAGUGCUAUAGCAUGUUCAAGUAUAGCUGCUGCAUUACAUGGUUUAAAUUGGGAUUUAAGAACUGGUAUAGAUUUUCAAUUCUUAUUAAAUCGUUUAACAGAUUUAACUGGUGUUGAACAAGAUUUUGUAAGAAGUUGCAUGGCUAAAAUGGAAAAAAUUUUUGAAGAACAUAGUCGAAAUAUACAACAAAGUUUAGAAUUAAAUGCAUUUGAAACACAACACUUAAAACAAGUAAAUGAAUUUGAUUGUCGGCAUAGCGUUACUAGUUCAGAAUCCCUUUUAACAAAGGUAUCUUCUGAUUUAUCUCAAGCAUACAAAGUUCAUGUUUAUACCCAUGAAUAGUCAA